CAUGCGCAGUGCACCAAGACUUGAUUCACGCGGGUAUUCGGUGCUAACAGCUUAGCCUCUGGUAAAUUGGUGUUGCCAUCCGCUAAAAAACACAAAGAAUAAGAAGAAUAAUAAGAAGAAUAAGAAUAAGAAUAAGAAGAAGAAGAAAAGGAAAAAGAAAAAGAAAAAGAAGAAGAAGCCGAAGCCGAAGCCGAAGCAGCAGCCGCCGCCGCCCCCGGUAAACCCGAUUAGCUUCCGGUGAGUCUCCGUCACGCCUGAGCUAUCGGUGUUGUUAGGGUUAGCUGGUUAACUGUUCGCUUGAAGUUAACUUUAGUUUCAACUGAAAGUAACAGACGUCCAGGUGAACGGAGCUCAGGCUGAUCUGAGUCCUCAGUCCCAGUCCAGAGCUGUGAUUAUUGGAGGAGGAGGAGGAGGAGGAGGAGGAGGAUGGCCCCGGUGUCAGACGUGGAGGUGGAUGUGCCGACUGGGUCAGACAAGGGUGGGAGGGGGAGGAGAGGAGGUCCAUUGUCUCUGGACGACUGCCGCUGUCCGGUCUGUCUGGAGAUCUUCAUGGAGCCGGUUACACUUCCCUGUACACACACCUUCUGCAAGGGCUGUUUCCUGGAGUCUGUGGAUAAAGCCACUCUGUGCUGUCCCAUGUGCAGAAAGAGAGUUUCCACCUGGGCCCGACUGAACAGCAGGAACAAGACGCUGGUCAACCAGCAGCUGUGGAGGCAGAUCCAAAUCUCUUUCCCUCUGCAGUGUGAACGCCGCCUUAAAGGGCAGGAGGAUGAGGACGACCCGGGAGUUUCGGUGUGUUUUCCCACAGUAAGUCGGCCUGGAGAGCUGAGGCAGGAAUAUGAAGACCAGAUCACUAAACUGACAGAAGAGAAGCGAGUGCUGGAGGAGGAGGAGACGAGGGCCAGUGAGGAGUACAUCCAGAGACUGUUGGCUGAGGAAGAGGAGCUGCUGCAGGAGGAGAGCAGGAGGCGAGAAGAAGAUGAGAGGCUGGCCAGACUGCUCAGCAACCAGCUGAACUCUGCUCCGGUCUCUCAGGAAAACCCCCGUCUUGCUGAAGGUACUCCAGCAAAGAAGAAGGAGGUCAGCACCGGACAAAUUGAGAAGUUCUUGUUUCCCCUUACAUCUAAAACAAACUCCUCAGAGUGCAGCUCUGCCUCCAGCUUCAUGGCCAAUAAGGAGAACAUCCUCGUCUCUCAGGUGGAGCGUCCACUCCCUAAACUGGAUUAUUAUGGAGCUCCAACAAACAGAUCAGAGUCUCCAGACCUCCUUCCAGCCCUCCAUCCAGACCUCCAUCCAGCCUCUGUGGAGGAUCAGACUCUCAGGAGUCAGCUGAUUAGAGACCGAGAACCUUCAUCGACCAAGAGGAAGAGCUCGGAGCUGGAGACAACAGAGGAGGAGGUGAUGAUCACCAAACGUGGCUGUCAGUCCCUGCCCUCCUCCUCCUCCUCUCUGGAGGUGGGGGCGUUUCCCCUGCAGGGGAUGGCUGAGUGGGAGUCAGAGCUGUUGAACAGACAGCAGCAGGAGGAGGAGGACCGGCAACUCGCUCUGCUCCUGCAGAAGGAGCUGGACAAGGAGGAGAAACAGAGGGCCACCAACAGACGCAAAGGAUCUGCGGACGCCUACCUGCUCCGCCAAAAUCAAGGAGGGAAGGUGGAAAGCACCGACACCCCCAGCCAACCCUCCAGGAAGACUACAAGGACUUCCACCACCUCUUCCAGCUCCUCACCUUUUUUAAAGACUACAAAGACUUCGUCUCCCUCCUCCUCCAGCUCCUCCAGCAGAGGCAGUAAACAGACCACCCUUACUGAGAUGUUCUCCAGCCUGAGCCGCUGAACCCUCUCUCUCUCCUUCUGCACUGUGUCCUGGUGUCACCGCUCACUGGUCUGGACCUCCACCUGCUGGGUUCAGUUCAGUCUCUGAGUCACUCUUUCACCUCAUCACUUCUUCAUUUCAUCGAUGGUGAAUAAAAACUGUUCAGAGAGAAGUUAAACUGAAAGUGCUGACAGAAAUCUGCUAUGGCCAAAAGUAUGUGUGACAGUUGAUUAUUCAUUUGGUUAUAAAAUGUCAGAAAACACUAAAAACAAAUCAGAAGCCUAAAGGGAGAUCUUCAGCAUCUCAUGUUUCACUCAGCCAGUUUUCCAAAAUGUAAAGAUACUUAGUUUACUCUCCUAUAAGACGGAGAAAAGCAUCAAAUCCUCAAAACAGAGAAGCUAAAUCUGGAGAAUGUUUAAAUGUCUUGAACAGUUGAGUUGUUCGAAUUGAGUAAUUGAUGAAUCAGCUAGUUGUUGCAGCUCUAACCUGAACAUAUGUGAUGUGAGGCCCUAACAGCCUUCCCCUUUCCUGGUUUAGUCUUUUAACCAGAUGUUGAUCCAGCUGCAGGGAUCUGAUCACACUUAGAUAGGUUUUUACAUUAGUAUUUUAACACAGAGUCAUCAGCUGUUUAGGGUUUCUUUACAUCAGACACCAUCUUUCAGGUGAUCCAGUCCAGGUGAUCAGACUAGCAGCACUACUCAUCAGAUCACCGCCUCUGAUCCACAGUGAGCUGCAGGUUCUUUAUCGUCUUCUGUUUCCCGCCUUGUAACAUCCAGCACAGAGAGCUAGCCACACUGCUACAUCAGCUCCAGAUACCUGGUCCUCUUUCUGUCAUGGACCUCCUCAGUCGGAUCCUCAGGUUCAGCGCUAACCAAAUGCUGUAACAUGUUGAGGUUUCUGAUAUUUAGACCACAUCGUGCCUCAGUGAUCCUCGUUUAACAGCAGCAUCAGUCAGGUUCACCACUGAUGUUGGUGAUGAGGUCUGGCCAGUCCAGUUCUGAUCCAGUUCUUCCAUACCAAACUGGGAGAACAAUUUCUUUAUGGAGCUGUUUUGUGUCAUGUUUAAACAGGAAAGAGAAGAACACAAACUGAUGAAAGAACAUUGUUGUCAAGGAUUUCCUUUAGUAGAGCUCAGAGGUCCAAACAGAGCCAGACCAGAACAACAACAAAAUAUAGGACAAGGGCUGUUCACAUACUUCUGGCCAUAUAGUGUAAGUAAAACUGAGUGAAGUUAAGUUGAUGUUUGUUGAUGUUUCUUUUUUUUUCCUCAGCAUGUAAACAGUGCUGUUGCAGGCUCUAUAUUUUGUUUGAAAGCUUCUUCAAGCACAGUAAAAAACAAUUUUAAGAAAAAGUUUUCAGAAAUAUUCAGACUUCACAGAAACUGCACUACAGCUGAUUUCAGCAGCGUUCAGAGUGCUCGAGCUGCUUCUGAUGGGUUUUUCAGUUUCAGCGGCUACAUGCUGAUUCAGCAAAACUGAAGAGAAACGUCCUACGUCUCGCCUCAGCUCUGACAUUACAAAUUUUUUGAGGAUUCAGAUGCUGCAGGUGUCAGAAAAGAACCUUUUUUAUACUAGUGCCUCUUUUAUUUUUUCUUCUUCGAGACCUAAAAUACUGCCAACAUGUCAAACAUCAGUGUGUUCGUGCUGUGUUCAGGUCGUGUGUGAUGGAUGGCAGAGACAGGAAGAUCCUCAUGUUUACUGUUGUGAGCAUUAAAAUCCUAUACGCUGACAAUAAAGAACAACCAUUAAAUCUGGGUUUAACGGCA